AUGAUUGAGAGUGGUAGUGAAAAUGAGGAGAAGAAAGAUUAUUAUGAAGAAGAGAUGGAGGAAAGAAGUGAUGAUUCACUGAAGAGAAGGAAGAUGGCGAGAAAGUUAGAGAAGGAGAAGAAGAAAAGGAAAGAAUAUGAAGAUGCAAUGUAUGAACGUUAUCUUGCAGAGAAGACACAUACUCCCGUAAAUGAUGGUGAAGAUAAUAAUGAGGAUGAAGAAGAUGAGGAUGAAGAUCUCCAGGGGCCUUAUGCAACUUCAGAUAGCGAUGACGGUAAGGUUCCUUACUACAUCUUUGAUGAGUUGAACUAUACCAGCGACAAUGAGGAUGAUUCUGACGAUUAUUCUGAUUAA